AUUAUGAUCUAUCACAGACCUCCAUCAGGAACCCGUUUUAACCAGAAGCAUGAUUAUUCUAUUUGAAACUUUCAAUCCCUUGUCGCGGGAUGGGAUAUUCAUUCGUGGAAAAGUGUAUUAAGCAUUGCUUGGUAUACAGGUGACAAGCGGGUACCAAAAAGCCAAUCUCGCCAAAAAAUCAGCUCGAUUGCCAUGUCAGGCGUUGUCAGCUUAUUCCUUUUCUGGAACACGGGGUAGCUACUCCGCAAAUGACUUCUACACUAGGAAACAUCUCUUCGAAUCAGCAGUUCUGAUAAUUCUCAAGGGUUGACAUUUUUUUGCCUCCUCACGGCCAAACGAUAAUGGGAUAAGAUUCAUACGUGCCAACGAAAGGACCAAGGAUCCAAAGUCCUUGUGAAUGCUAUGAAAAGUAUACUUGCAUAACGUACGACCCCGGACCCCACAAAGUGGUAUGGCAUCUUUUCAUUGGAGAAGAAAAGCACACCAGGAAUGCCUGCCCGAAAAUCCGGGGUUGGAGAAUAGAUUGGUUCCAAAGAAUAUUUAGCGCUCCGCUAUUGAGAGUAUGCUUAGACUGGCUGUACGAAGGGACAUGGCCAGUCUCCCAUUGACAGGGUUUGAGAUUGCCAUCGUUACAAUACAUAAGUGAAGCAUAUUCCGUUGAUUUUGGAACCUCAUCCCUCUCAGAUCAAUAGAUCCCUUUCAAUUGUCAUAGUCAUUUCUUGUUUGGCAGAAAAUUGGAAGUCAUGGCGGAGAAGACAAAUACUCAGUACGAGGAGGCCGAGCUCGCUCACCCUCGAAGUGACGAUGAGAAACAUGCAGAAGUUGGAGCCAAAGUUGUCCUCGGAAAUGAAACAUUCAACGAGGCAAUGCUCAAGGAGCCUCCCAAGGCUUUCACGUGGUCGACAAUCCAACUCUACACUGCUUGUUUCAUCGGAUUCUUCUGUGCUACCAUGAACGGUUAUGAUGGAUCGCUUAUCAACAAUUUACUUGUCAACCCUUGGUUUCUCGAGUUCUACCACGGUGAAAAUGCUGGAAUCUGGGCCGGUAUCGUUACUUCCAUGUACCAAAUUGGUGGUGUGGUUUCAUUGCCAUUCGUUGGACCCGCAGCCGAUACUUUCGGACGAAGAUUUGGAAUGUGGCUCGGAUGUCUCUGCAUUAUUCUCGGUACCAUCAUUCAAGGAGUUGCAACCAGAGAGGCAGGUGUGAGACAAUUCAUGGGUGGUCGUUUCUUGCUUGGUUUUGGUGUCAACAUUGCUUCCGCCGCUGGUCCCAUGUAUGUUGUUGAGGUUUCUCACCCAGCAUACCGUGGUGUAGUUACAGCAAUUUUCAAUUGCUUUUGGUUCACUGGAUCAAUUAUUGCUAGUGGAGUAGCUCGUGGAGCAAGCAAUAUUGGAGGCGACGAAUCAUGGAGACUUAUCAUUUGGAUCCAAUUGAUGUUCUCCAGUAUCAUCUUCAUUUGCGCUUACUUCCUUCCCGAAUCCCCAAGGUGGCUCUACGUCAAUAACAAACGCGAUCAAGCCAAGAAGAUGCUUACCAAAUACCACGGAGAAGGAAAUACAGACAGUGUAUGGGUCAAAUUGCAACUCAACGAAUACGAAGAACUUUUGGAAAUGGACGGUGCCGACAAGCGUUGGUGGGAUUACAGAGCGCUUUUCAAGAACAAAUCGACUUGCUACCGUCUCUUCUGCAACGUCAGUAUCACGAUCUUUGGUCAAUGGGCCGGAAAUGCUGUCUUGUCAUAUUUCAUGGGCAAAGUUCUCGAGACCAUCGGUAUUGGCAGUGCUAUCGGCCAAGCAAACGUCAUUCUAAUCAACAAUUGUCAACAAUUCUGCUGGGCUCUCUUCGGUGCCGCAAUGGUUGAUCGUAUUGGUCGUCGUCCUCUUCUUCUCUUCUCUAACAUUGGCUGUUGCGUAGUCUGGCUCGCCAUGACCGUUUCCGCUGCCCUCUACCAAGAAUCCAUUCCGGACCCCUCAAACCCUAAAUCCGUCGGCACCAACCACGCAGCCGGUACCGCCUCCCUCGCUUUCAUCUUUAUCUUCGGUGCCGUCUACUCGGUCGGUUUCACACCUCUCCAAGCCCUCUACCCCGUCGAAGUCCUCUCCUUCGAAAUGCGCGCCAAGGGCAUGGGAUUCUCGGGUUUCGCCGUCGCAGCCGCCGGUCUCCUCAACCAAUUCGCAUGGCCCGUCUCCAUGCAAAAGAUUGGCUGGAAAACUUACAUCAUCUUUACCAUUUGGUGUGCGGUUCAAUCGACUAUUGUGUGGUUUUUCAUCCCAGAGACCAGAAAUCGUACCUUGGAGGAGUUGGAUGAGAUUUUCAACAGUCCCAAUCCGGUCAAGACAUCGAUUGCGAAAAAGAGAUUGGGGUUGGAUGCCUAUGGUGAUGUGGUUAAUAUUCAAGAUGCUUAAUUUUUGUUCACUCUUUUCGAAUUGUUGGAUGAGUAGGAGUAUUCUGGUUGGAUCAAGUCUGUCGAUCUGGAGCAUAUUUUCAAGAUUGACGGACUAGGUGUAAUUCAAUAGUUCUCCUCCAAGUCAACAAGGGGAGGUGUGGAGUCCCGCUCGCUUGUGGUGGUUGAAUGUUUAGUUAUUUAGUACGAUACCUAUACCUAUACCUUUGUAUUUAGGUUUACUGCUUGAAUAUAAUGCAAUGAAAUAUACCUUUGCUUUUAUA